UUCACCGACUACUAUGAGCUCCUCUCCAUAGAGCCAGAAGCCACAGCCGACGAAAUCAAGCGGUCUUACAGGAAGCUCGCUCUUAAGCAUCACCCAGACAAGAAUCCAGACGAUGUGGAAAGAGCUACGAAGCACUUCCACAAGCUUCAGGAAGCAUUUGAUGUCCUGUCUGAUGAACAAGAGCGAGCUUGGUACGACAACAAUCGGCAACGCUUUCUGAACGGCGAAUUUGAGAAUGCAGACCUCGACGAAGAGGCUUUUGAGAGCUUUAAAGAAGGCAACAAGCCCGCCAAGGCUGCCGGUAGCUCGAGUCCCGGCCUUACGCCGAAGCAUCUGAUGAGGUUCUUCGACCCAAGCCUUGCGAGCGACUUGAGCGACGCCGACUCCUCUUUCUUCGGUACUUAUCGAAGGUUGUUCGAGCGUCUGGCAGAGGAAGACAGGGCAGCGGCUGCCUACCCAGGCGACGAGGAGUCCUCGUCUCUCCCUCGCGACGCCUACCCGUCCUUCGGGUACUCUCAUACAUCAUUCGUUGCCGACAAGAAGGAAGAGACCGUACAUCAGACCCCGGUUCGGGACUUCUACACGUUCUUCAUGAAUUUCCAGACUCGGAAGUCUAUGGGCUGGCUUGAUCAGUACCGUUUAAGCGAAGCGCCUGACAGGAGGGUAAAGAGGCUUAUGGAGAAAGAGAACAAAAGGGCAAGGGACGCCGGCAAGAGGGAGUAUAACGACACCAUACGAGCCCUCACCCUCUUCGUCCGGAAGCGUGACCCUCGCUACAAGGCCCAUCAGGAGAGUCAAGAGAAAGCUAGGGUGGGCCCUGAAGCGGAGGCGAACAGGAAAGCCUACGUAGAAAAGAUUGAGCGAGAGCGCAGAGCUAGGGCAGAUGCAUUCCAGCCUCAAAGCUGGCAGAUCGCACAAGAGACCGAAGACAUCUACUCUGGAGAUGAGACCGAGGAAGACGACGACGAAGACGAGGACCAGCUAGAUGAAGGAGAGGACGAGGAUCAAAUAGACGCAGAGGGGGUGUCUGGGGACGAAGAAGAUUUCAACGAUCUGGAAUGCUUCGCCUGCGACAAGCGAUUCAGGUCAGUGGCAGCAUUCGAGAACCAUGAGCAAUCUACCAAGCACAAGAAAGCAGUGAAAGCUCUACAGAAGAAGAUGAAGAAGGAAAGCAAGGAACUGGGGCUAGACGAUGAUGAGGUAGCCACAGAUCGCGUGGCCGCAGACUCUCUGGCUGGGAACGUCAAAGCCAUGGGGUUGAGGGAUACAGCAAAUGAGGAAGCUGACGAGAAUAUCAGCGACGACGAGGACGGAGAAGGGGAGAAGCUAGGAGCAUCGUCUGCUGCAAGCCCUUCGGGCAUCUCUACUCCUGCCAAUGGGCCUGUCAAUGGAAAUGCUGUUGCUGGCACUGACUCUCCAAUAGCAGCGGCCCCUUUCUCAGCCGAGGAUUGGGAGCCGAGCUACCAACCUCUGUCAGAACGUCCAGAAGGCUCUUUCGACGUCUUUGGCUUUGGGUCACUCAUCUGGAAGCCUCCGCCCCAUGUCAUAGGCUCUCAGCCUGGCUAUAUCAAAGGCUUCACGCGUCGCUUCGCUCAGCACUCAGUAGACCAUCGUGGAACUCCAGCCAGGCCGGGUCGAGUGGUCACGCUGGUCUCAGCCAAAGACUGGCACGCUCUCAACGGCGAAAGUCUGCCUGAAGGGGACAUCGUCUGGGGAGUGACGUACACUAUAGACCCUGCGCACGCAAAGGAAGUCAGAGAGUAUCUAGACUUUAGAGAGAAGAAUGGUUAUACACCUCAGAAGGUUGACGUGUACGGGAAGACGCAGGGCACUGACGACAGUCAGGACAUGGAAAAGCUCAUUGUCAAGGACUGCUUGGUCUAUGUAGGCCUGCCAGACAAUGAAGCCUUCAUAGGUCCGUCGCCCAUUGAUGCGUUGGCCGAAAGGAUCUUCACCUGCCAGGGACCUUCAGGCAAGAAUGACGAGUAUCUCCUCAACUUGGCAGUCGUCACCAGGAAGCUCUCGCCGCAGAGCGUCGACAGCCAUCUAUUCGAGCUAGAGACAAGGGUGAGGAAGCUCCAAGAAGAGGCC